AUGGCUACUGCAUUGUUGCAUCGCCGUGCCUUCAACUGGCCGGUUGCCACGUCUACUCGGCCCCAACGCCAUCCCGAAGCAGAAGCGGCCGGAGCCCAGUCGCUUUGUCCGAACGAGGCUGAAGAAGACACGAGAAGACACGAGAAGACACGCGGCGCGAUGGUCGUUGAAGUGGUUCAAGUGGCCGACGUGGAACCAGCACAAGCGGACAAAAUGGCCCGCGUUGUCGGCCAGAAGGAGCAAAGUUGUGCGGCAGCAGCAUCAGAUCGCAAUCUGCCCUUCCUUCUCUGUCGCGUGUCAUGA